GUUGGGAUUUCUCAAUAAAAACAGAGAAGAUGGUUACACGGUAGACAGAUCGUUGGCAAUUACACAUUCGACUGUAUCAGUGUAUCAUGGCUGUACAAAUGCGAGUUCUUUUCUUGCUCUGCCUCUCUAUUUUGUUUACCGCUGGCUUCGCGAACUAUCUGGAUAAUGUAAAGGAUGACAUUGACACUUCCGAAGUUACAUCGGUGAAAAUCAAUGAGCUGUUCGACUCGAUGUUACCCUCGAUUCGAAGCUUUAUUCUGGAACACGGAUUAGACCCAUUGAAGUUGAAAGACAUAUCCGAAAAUCUGCAAGGGGUAAUAAUUCAUAAAAGAACUCUCAACUUGUCGAAUGGCUGGCUACAAGGGCUGUCGAACGUGAGACGAACAAGCGACGUUAUUUUUAGUUACAAAGAUAAAGUUUUGACUCUAGAUGCUAUACUAGCAUUUGACUUGGCUGAUAUUAGCUACCAGUAUUUUUACAAAGAUUUAUUAAUCAGUAGGAAGGGAGACAUUCAUGGUCGAGUUAGGAAUAUGCGGAUAAGACUAAUCGUGGCACUCGAUAUGAACAAAUAUAAAAUUGCUGUCCCUAUGUCCAAGAUCAUUAACAUGGACAAAUUUAGUAUCACGCUCGAAGGAAAUAAAAUCGAUCCGAUAGUAAAUGCUGCGAUCAAAGUUGUUGCUAAUGCAUUUCGUACGAAGAUUAUAAAUAUGGUGAACGAAGAAUUUUCAAAGAUGGUACAAGGAUUCGUGCAAGACAUCAACGGAAAGAUUCCGUCUCCGGACCGAAUAUUAGAUGUUUUCCCAAAACAUAACCUCGUUUAGUAUAUCAAUGAAAUAUGUCCAACGAUUGUUUCUCUUGGAAAUAAAAGUGAAAACCGAUGAAAAGCCUUUCGUCCUUUUUAAAUAUGUG